CUUGGUCACUCUUUCUUAUGUUGUCCUAGAAGUUGGUUGAUUGUUGAUUUUAUGGUAGCCUGAUAUAAUGUGGAUGUUCUGGUUUCUGACCUGCUGCAUUGCAGCACGGCAGAAGAGGAAUGAUGGUUCAGCUGCCAUUAAGAAAAAGGUCAAGAAAUACAAAAUGUGGGAGCUGAAUCUCGAAUUGUUCAAUUUGGGUGUCCACCUUGAUGAGGACAGUUCCAGCAAUGAAAAGAAAAGCAGAAAGAAGAUGAAGCAUGCACUCCAGAAGCGUCUCAUUAGUGAGCUGCUGAAGAUACACGUGGACAGAGCCAACAAGAGGGCUAAAGAACUUCUCAUGAGUAACCCAGAUGUUAUGACCCUGAAUGUGUUGAAUUAUGGGAAUGCUUCACUGGAGAGCAAACUGGAACAGAUGGAGAACGAUAACAAGAAAAUGGAAGGUGAUGGACAGAGUGUUCUUCACACCCUUAUGGACAACGUUGAGAAAAACAACGACAACACUGAUGGACAUCACAUUAUCCUGGAGGAAGUGGAGAGCACUCUGAAUCUGACUCUGAUUUCUGCUGAGCACUUGAAUAAUGAAAUUGGGAACAAAAUGCCAACUGAUGAUGUAAACAGCAUCAGAGCGAAAGCCAGCACAGGGGAAGGUGACAACGCAGAUUUCAACAUGGCAAAUGACAAAGUGUGAAAAAGUGCUUAGCCCUUGGACUGGAGACGGGAGGGAGGACUGGAAAUCCCUUUUUGGCGUCUGGUUCUUCUGUUGUUUUUUCAUUUUUUUUAUUUUUUGCCCCUUCUGGCAAAAGCUUUUCAGUAAAAGUUGAAUUGAACCUA